CACAAGUUAGUGCCUUCCGCCUUGUUGCCUCACUCCUGUUCGUUCGAAGCAGACCCAGACCGACGCCAGGCUAGUGGUCGACGCCCGUGGCGAGCUGAGAGUCGGUGUCGUCACCGGCGCCGGCGAGGGUUGGGCUUAUCGCGUGUAAUUAAGGUUGUGAUGUUUCUUCCCGUAGAUGUGCGAUUUUUCUUCGCUUGAUUUGAGUGACAGUAAAGUGGAGACCGGCUAGCGUCGUUCUUGAAAUCUGUCGAUUCAUGGGGAGUCAGACAAUGACAUCACAGGCUGGGGGGAGUGGAGGAGACGUGGGUGGCAGUGCCGGUGCCGGUGCCGGUGCAGGGCAACACGGGCAGAUGCAGAGCCUGGCAAGACAAGGGUCUCUGUAUAACCUCACCCUUGAUGAGGUGCAGAGCCAUUUGGGAGAACCCCUACACAGCAUGGACCUUGAGGAGCUGCUGAAGAGUGUCUUUCCUGAUGGCCUGGACCCUGAUGGUGGCACUACCAGCCAGUAUGAGCAGAGUUCGGGCCUCUUGCGACAAGGGAGCAUCACAAUGCCGCUUGAGCUCAGCAAGAGGACUGUGGACGAGGUGUGGAAGGGCAUCCAGGAUGUGCCAAAAAGAAAUGUCGGGGAGGGUGAUCAGCAGAGCCAGGAGCGGGAGCGGCAGCCGACCCUUGAGAAGAUGACGCUUGAGGAUUUCUUGGUGAAAGCUGGGGUUGUGGCCGAAGGAUAUCUUAAGGACUUGAAUGAUGUAGGCAAUGUGGAUCAGGUCAGUAGCGCUGGGGCUGCAGGUUUGACCGCUGGGGGACAAUGGUUAGACCAUUAUCAGUAGCGGGUUACAGCUAUCGAGCCCCAUCAGCACGGGCAACAUAGUUUGCCAGGUGCUUACAUGCCGGGUCGGUUAGCCCUUCAGCCUCUGAAUGUAGGGCCAGGUGCUAUUCUGGAGUCAUACUCUGAUGGCCACAUUACUUCACCAAUGAUGGGUGCGCUUUCUGAUUCUCCGACGCCUGGUAGAAAGCGUGGUUCCCCAGGAGAUGUGACAGAUAAGUUGAUGGAGAGAAGGCAAAAGAGGAUGGUCAAGAAUAGGGAGUCAGCUGCUCGUUCAACUGUUCAAGGGCUAGGAAGCAGCUUGCUCGAGCUAGCAAGGAUUUCCUUGUCUGGACAGGCGAGCCAAAUCCACUCUCUAGCACAGGCAAGGUUCCCUCAGUCAAUGGGAGCUCAGGCAGCACAAGCGUCGGCAUGGCUAGCAUAGCUAGGAACCAACAUUAGCUAUUUUCUUCCCUGCCUUUGCUGCUCAAGGUUAGGCAAUCCUUGUCUACCUACUACCUAGCCUUUGUUGGUGAAGGGUCCAGACAUGCCCUUGGUAGUUGUUCUACAUCCUGAUGACCACUUGAUGUCGGUAAGUCAAUAGUUUAUACAGCCACCCGUUCGUUGUUCAGUUAGUAUGUGGAGCCUCAAUCCCAAACUUAAUUUCUAGCCAUGUGAUCUUGUUUAGUUGGUCGCAACUUUUUGAUCUUUUAUUUGGUGAUUAUGGUAUUAGAUGGCUAUUAUGCUACUAAGGAAUCCGUCUUU